AUGGUCGUCGUUCUAGAGAGAGUGAACAUGGUCGUGGCCGCCAGCAUUGGGCUGGUGGCUGAAUCCAUCAACCGCCACAAACAGAAUGCCCAAGCCCAGCAGCCUCAGAAUAGCGAUGACAAUCCCGAAGACGACCAGUGGGCGCUGGACGAAAUCCAAGACGACGUCUCGCGCAUCUCCGAUAGCGACGACGACAACGACAACGACGACAAAAAGAAGAAAAUCCGCAACCCAGCCCAUCUGGCCGACGACUUCCUCAAAAGAUACCCGCCGCCUGCUCCAGAAACUACGUCAAGCCACCUCCCACUCCCCGUCAUCAUUCCCCAGCGGCGCCCCGGCGUGCGUGUGCGUGGCUUCGUGAGAGCCUACGCACCGGACCUGGAGCGCUGCGGAAUCGACCAGGACACCUUUAUGGAUUUCCUGGUGACCUUCACGCGCGCCAGUCGGGCGCCGCAGUGGAUGGGCGCGUUUAACCUAACGGCCGCGGCGGCGUUUGCCUUGCCGGGGCAUGCGAUGGGCGCCGGGGUGGGAUUCGCUAUCCAGGUUGUUAAUGCGAUUGCGAUGGAGAUGAGAGGGCGUGUGCAGGCCAACGCCUUCCUCCAGAAACUGAACGAGGGCUUCUUCCAGCCCCGCGGGCUCUACUGCCUCGUUCUCUCGUUCGAUAAUACCCACGAACAGGCCAUGACUGAGGAGGCGCUUGCUGAGAAAAUCGCGAGCUCGGAUCCCAAGGCUAAGUCGGGUGUCCGCAAGUACACGGACAAGUUGCGCACGAACAGCGGGACGACAGGCCCCUCUGAGUUCCCUGAGUCGGCGCCGUUGGUAUUCCCCGUGCUGGACUGGAUGAAGGAGAAUCCUGAGCAGGCUGAGAAGCAGGGGAGGUAUCUCAAGUUCCGCAAAUUUGUGGCGGAUUACUAUGACCGCCGCGCGCAAGUUGAAUACGCUGCGAGGAACCCGACGAGUCCUUUGGCAGCAGCGCCGCAGCGUGGAUUCACGUCCAAGUUUGCGGAUCCAAACGAUGCCACCAACAAGUCGCCCAUCUCGCUGGCUACGGGGGGUGCUGUGCCCUACAAUGCCCAGUGGCGUGGAGAGACUCGCAAUCCGAGGCGUCAGCGCAAGAUUGCUGAUCUAACACUCCGGCAGAAAGUACUAUACAUGAUUAUCGUCAAUAUGCCGACAAACGACGACAUGAACCGCGCAGAGAGUCUCAUGGCCACAGAGUCCGAGGCAGACUUGGUCCCUGACAAUACUGAAAGGAGUGAUUGA